AAUUACAGCAUGGGUGUCCUCAAAUUCACGUUCUCUGCGGCUUUCCGCCCGUCAAGAUGCUCUUUCCGAAGUGUAACCAAAAGAUGGAAUUCAGUAUCACAACGACCAGGCUCGGAUCGAGUACGCUUUCCUGGUGCCAUUGACAGCAAGUUCACAACAAACCUUGACUUUACACGGCCAGCAAACAAGAAAGCCAUGCCGACUUAUCGUAUUCUGGACCAAGAUGGCGUCAUUGUCGACAAGUCAAGGGAACCCUCUGAUAUCUCAGACGACCAUCUUAUCAAGAUGUACAAAGACAUGCUGAGUGUGAGCAGUAAGAAUUGA